AGGUUCGACGCUCUUACGUGUAGAUCUUUACAAUGGUAGCUUGGGUGAGAAAGAGACUUUUCUUGAACUAUUCUCAAACCAAGACAGAUGUCUGCCUCCCUGCACCAUUGUAGACUUGUGAGAGCGCCACUGCUGUGGCUACCUGUGUCUUGUAUCCCAGACUUAAAGCGCUGAAUAAACAACAUGGCAAAUGACAUGCCAUCGGUGUAUGCAGUGACUGGGUUGUAUGCAUCAGCGCCCUUCAGUGAUGACGUGAGUCGUGAUGGUGAUACUGGCCCAUGUGGUUCCUCAACAUGCGAACUUUUGGGACUUCAAAAGGAGGAGAAGACCCAUAAGCGAGAAUCCAGCCGAGACUGGAAUCCGUCGCACAAGAGGGAGACCAGCAGGGACUGGAACCCCAUACACAAACGUGAGACCAGUCGGGAUUGGAACCUUGGGCAUAAGAGGGAAUCCAGUCGAGACUGGAAGAAAGGCCAUGAAAGACAUGGUUCAAAUGUGUCAAAAAAAUCUUUGGUGGUGAUAUCGAGUCACUUGAUUCGCGGAGAAUCAACUACCCUCAGAUCAGACACCAAUGAGCCUCCCGAAUGUGGCUUGAGCUCGUUCAGACCACGAUUUCUUCAAGGAUUCGCCACUAUCAAGGUAUCUUUCUCCAAGGACAACCCAAUGCUCUUGAAAAUCCUAGUGAUGUUUGUACUGUUGCUGAGCCUGAUAAUGACUCUCCAACAAGCAGUCAGCAGUGGCUACCUCAACUCUGUGAUCACAACGAUAGAGAAGCGCUUUGAGAUCCCUUCCUCACUCAGUGGAGUCAUUGCAUCAACAUAUGAGAUAGGAAAUCUGAUCACCAUCAUCUUUGUCUCAUAUCUUGGGUCACAUCGUCACAUCCCAGUAUGGAUUGGUCGUGGUGUGAUUGUGAUGGGUAUUGGUUCAAUGGUGUUUGUCCUUCCAUACUUCAUGAGUGACCCAUAUAGUGGAGCUUCAGGACAAAAUCUGACUGACCAGAACAUCUGUCGAUUGCCUGUUGGUCCAAAGGAUGAGUUUGAUCGAGGCCUUGGUAGACUGUCACCAGGUCUAUCAUCCCCUCCACUGAAUCCAGGGAACAGCAUCCCUGGGCAGAGGGAAAACUGCAUUGAAGGAGGGGGUUCCAAUUCUCUUGUUGUGGUCUUGUUUGUGCUGGCACAGCUGCUGCUUGGCUGUGGUGGCUCUCCCAUAGUUACUCUUGGUACCACAUAUGUUGAUGAUCAUGUAAAAAAGGAGAACUCUGCUUUCUACAUUGGCUGCAUGUUCAGCCUUGGGGCAUUUGGCCCUGUCUGUGGAUUCCUACUUGGAGCAUACCUUCUUUCCUUCCAUGAAGAUGCAUUGUCUUCAAAUGAACAAAUCAUGGAUCUUGAUCAAAGCAGUCCUCAAUGGAUUGGGAUGUGGUGGGGCGGCUUCAUGGUGUGUGGCAUUUUACUUGUCUUAGGAGGUGUCCCUUUGUUCUUUUUCCCCAAAUCGCUCACAAGGGAAAAAGAACGUGUCCGGCUGGAGGAGAAAGCGAAGGAAUUUAUGGUUCAGCAUAAAUCUCACUCUCUCCCAAAAGAAGGAGGUCUCUCUAAAGCACCAUCUCAGAGCAAGGAGCAAUAUGGACGGGAUGUUAAAAACAUUCCAGCAUCCAUGUGGAAAUUGUUAUCAAAUCCAGUUUAUUUGAUAACAUGUCUCGGCACAUGCCUUGAACUGGUCAUCGUCUCCGGGUUUCUUGUCUUCCUUCCAAAGUAUUUGGAGACACAGUUUUACUUAACGAAGAGUCAAGCCUCUGUCUUUACUGGUGGGAUCGCAGUGCCAGGAGCAUGCUUUGGAAUCUUUUUUGGCGGAUAUCUAUUAAAGAGAUUUCAGCUUCGUCCACGGGGAGCCCUCGCUCUUGUACUUGCCUUUAACACUGUUUGCCUUGCUUUCUAUUCUGUCAUCUUCUUCAUUGGAUGUGACAAUCUUCAGAUGGCUGGUACCACUACUCCAUAUUCCAACAGCACUCCAGUGGAAGGGUUCCAGGUUAACUUGACAUCAUCAUGCAACUUUGGUUGUGAGUGCAGCACAAUGGAGGUGGAGCCAGUGUGCGGAUAUAAUGGAAUCACUUACUUUUCUCCCUGCUAUGCUGGUUGCACAGCUCCCUCUGCCCCACAUAACUACACCAACUGUGCUUGUAUUGUAGGUAAUGCUCCAGGCUUGAAUGGGAGUGCAGUUUCAUCAGGUAAAGAUGGGUUCGCAGAGGUUCGGGCUGUCCCUGUUGCAACUGCAGGUGCCUGUGCCUCUGCUUGUGAGGCUAUUCUCCCCUUUCUCCUGCUCCUUCUUGUGAUGACAUUCCUUGUUGCUGUCACCCAGAUGCCACUCUUAAUGAUCAUCCUCAGGUCAGUGGAAGAAGAAGAGCGGUCAUUUGCUUUAGGCCUCCAAUUUGUCAUGUUCCGACUACUAGGCUACGUCCCUUCCCCCAUUGUGUUUGGGAAUGUGAUUGAUACCACUUGCCUUCUUUGGAAAGAGGGAAAAUGUGGGGGGAAAAGUGGUCGUUGCCUUCUCUAUGAUAUUGAGGCCUUCCGUUUCAAGUACAUAGGAAUAUGUGCAGGGAUCAAAGUGGCUUCAAUGUUAGUCUUCCUCUGUGACUGGCUUCUUGUAAGGAGGCAAUAUAAACUUGACAUGGGAGGCUCUAUGACAGUAGGGGAGAUUGUUAACUCCAUCGUCUCCCUAGACAAAGGGCUGGAAGAAAUGGCAGAGGAUGGAGCCAAGGAGUUGGGCUGCAUGCAUGGGCAAGCCUCAUUCUUGAGUUUGAAAAAUUCUGAAGAAGAAGAAGAAGAAAGUCUUUCACUACAUGACCAAACCCAAGCUGAGUCUUCGGUCUGAAACGCACUGUUUCUUUCACACUGUCACAUUCUUCGUGGUACCCAAGAGUCUUUCUAGUGAGCAUAAGUGCACCAUCAGACAUUCCUCCCCUGCCUCUGGUGCUCCAAUCAUGGAAUUUCUUGCCUCCACCAGCUGUGCACAUGCUCAUCCCUUCAUUUAUGUUACUCUGACUUAGUAGAUGUGGGACUGUCCUGUCCUGUCACUGACUGUGAUCAAAUGUAUUAAGAGGAAAAUGAUACGAGUUAGAGUCUGAGUUAUAUUCACGCGAUGUUUCUGCAUCAAGGUCUCUAGUCACUGUAACACGGGAUCUGUUAAUGCUGACAGAUGGGUCACUGUAACAUGGGAUCUGUUCAUACUGACAAACAAUUAAUUUAUUCACUCUUGAUCAGUGGGAGUUUCUUCUUUUUUCUCAUCUCAUGGCAUCAGUAAUCUCUAUAUCACCUGAAACUCCUGAGUUUGUUAGGCAUUCACUCCCUGAUGCUUGAAAGGCAGAUAUCUCUUUGUGGGCCCAGAAUUUGCCAGAUUGAUAUCACAGUUGUGACUGCUGAGUAUCUGCCUCAGCUAAUCACUGUACAUCAUGCAUGUUGCAUCAUGCACUUUUUCUUGAUGGAGAAUCGACAUGAUUGUGUAUCACUUAUGAUCAGCUCUCAUGGUUAGUUCUUUGUCAGCUGGGAUUUAUAAAUGCUUCUGGAGCUCUGAAAAGUUUAAACACUGAUUUUGAGCACAUAGAGGAUGUCACAAGUUCUUAAAUCAAUUUGCGAGAAGAGCUUGCUCCAUGCAAAUGCAUUUAUGGUAAUGUGUCAGCCCUAGUUUGAAUAAAUGCAGAAAGAAACUCUUGCUAUAAAUAUGGCUCAACUGUACUUCAUAUGAUGACUCUUGGUAAAUUAGAGGCAGUGCUCUAACUCUACUCCUCUAUGGAGGAAUAGAAGUCAGCAUUUUCAUAGUGAAUGUUCUCGUACGGCACGAUGUCAUGACGCACACUCAUGAAUCUAUAUGUGUACUGUUUUUGCUUGGUGUUACUUCUUGUUUCCAGUUUUUUUUAAAAUCCCUUCUCAUGUACAAGGUUGAUGGAGGAUGGAUAGCUCUCAUCAGUUUAGGCUAUAGUUCUCAUGAUAAUGAGGACAGACAAGUUGAAGUCUUUUUUUCCCCCUCCCCCCUCACAGGUCUAGGCUCCUGAAGUGUUCUCCAGUUGCAAAUACAUAUUGUGCAGUAUGCAUGAUUCAGUAGGAUUCUAAGUAAGUGUUUACAGAAAGGGAGAACAUUUUUUGAUCAGAGUUCUUAAAAUGUAAUACAUUAAGGGUUGGUGUGUACUUCCUGUGAAUUUCUGAGAACAGAAUAGGAUGUUCAAAUUCUCUUUAAGUUGCACACAUUCUGUCAUUGUAGAUAAACAGGAUGUCCUUUCUGAUUCUGUGGGAAGUGUAGCAUGCAUUUUCCAUCUUUCUUAUCUGGGUACUGCACAGGGUGUAUUUACAACCCAUUCAGGCUAUCUGAAGGCAUUCUCUCUCCAGUCUAUAUCAUCUCUGAUGGUGAAGGAGAAUGAUGAGUGUUUACUAAUCCCUGGACCUGAAGUCUUUUGAAGUCAUUUUGAGGUGUUAGUUGAAGAUUACGAAGUUAUCUGACGUAGUCCUCAGAAAGUAUGGAUCUAAAUCUAAAUGAACACUUAAGUAUCUAAAUGAACACUUUACUUUUGAGGUGGAUAAUAUAUUUGUCUGUGUUUGAUCUGGAAUCUUAUUCUGAUAGAACCAAUAAAUGAGGUGGAAGAGCAGCUUCACAGACUUGCCUGUUUUGUCUGGUUGGCAGUACAGGAUAGAAAUAUUCUUUCAAAAGAAACCAGUGAAAGUUCACUACGUUUUGUAUUAUCUUCAUGGGUUUUUUAUGAGGAAAAAGCAGCUCUAAUUUUAUUACUGGAAACUUUUGAGCAGGUCCAGAUUCAUGAAGUAUAAUGCUCUGAGUAAUUCUUAUGAAAGAAUCUUUCAUUUUGCAUGGCCAGCCUCUUGUGCCAAAAUCAUUCAAUUUGAGGAUUGAGCAGGCAUGAAAGGAGCCUCACAGUUUAGGUAUAUAUAACAGUGUUGAAUGUUUGCCUCUUUAUAUUUACUUACUUUGUUUUCUAAACUAAUCAAAGUAAAUUGCAUUGCUAGAAACUUAAAUUUACAGAUAUUUCACAUGUUACAUGAGAGAUCCCUUGAACUGCAUGCAGAGACUCAGGAACAUUUCAUCUCAGGAAUGGCAUGCAAAAAGGGAAUUAAAUUUUCAUUAGUUUCUUGAAAAAAAAGAGAGAUAUUUCUUUGAAAUCCUUGCCAAGGGAUCCCAAAACUUUGUCUUGAAAUUCAUGCCGUCCUCCAUUCUUCAUGGCUGACUAACACAUGUAAUUAUACAAGAUACUAGUGGAAAUUUCCUUUCUGUGUUCAUAUUUUUGAGCAAUAGGAAGUUGUCAGAAGGCUUUCAUAGUGCACAAAAAGUGCAUGCAUGUGACUUAAGAUAUAUUUUAUUGCAAGCAUAAUUGUAGUGUUUUUCUGAUUGAGCAUGCAUUGAUGUCUUGGAGGUUGUGGUUGGUUUUUCAUGCACUUCAAAGUUGAGUCUUCUUUGGUAGAGAAUCUUGAUUGAGGCCUGCAAAAUAGUCAUACACCUUACACUUCCUGCAAACAUGAAAUGUUACUGCAUACAUAUGAGAAGCACUGUAGCCAAAAUGGCACUUCAGGAGCCAGUGAUGUCAAUGCGAGUUUCAUCAAGCAAGGUGGCAUAAUGAUUUAUGCAAAUAUGUCCUUGCAUGUGCGAUGUUUGAAAAUGUGUCUUGACCCCUCUGUUUCUUCUCUAUACAGAGUGAAAGAAAAAUUAUUAUUUUUUGAGGUCUCUGGUUUUUAGGUUUUUUCUCUCCCAGCCAUGUGGGAAGCCAAAGC